GUGAAAAAGUUUCUUUUGCGGGCAAAAGGGCCUUUGGCGCUCCGAGGGUUCUCCUACUGCAACUCUGCCGCAGUCAGCCUUUCUUUUUGGUUUCCCUCACACUGCUCCGGGGCAUGAAAAGGCUUCGUCGUUGAGAGUAAAAGAAAGGAAUUUACCUGGGAGUACGAGAAGAGGGUGCGCACCCACUGUCCCCUGGAAGUUUGCCCCGGGUUCCAAGUGCGUGCGGGCUGCAGAGCGCAGGGCCGCCCUAGAGGCCGCAGGACCGUGAUGGGUGCCCCGAGACUCCGCGCGCCAGCUGCCGCAGCUCUGGGCUUGCUGCUGUGCGAGGUGCUGGGAUGUGCGGGUCCGGCCGAGGGCAGCGGCCGCGGGGUCCCCCAGGACCGCCUGUGCCCGGUUCCCUGUCGCUGCCUUGGGGAUCUGCUGGACUGCAGUCGCCAGCGGCUGGCGCGCCUUCCCGAGCCUCUCCCGCCCUGGGUCGCUCGGCUGGACUUAAGUCACAACAGAUUGUCUGUCAUCAAGGCAAGUUCCAUGAGCUACCUUCAAAGCCUUCGCGAAGUGAAACUGAACAACAAUGAACUGGAGACCAUUCCAAAUCUAGGACCAGUCUCAGCAAAUAUCACACUUCUCUCCGUAGCUGGAAACAAGAUUGCUGAAAUUUUACCUGAACAGCUGAAACAUUUUCAAUCCCUGGAAACAUUGGACCUCAGCAGCAAUAAUAUUUCAGAUCUUAAAACUGUAUUUCCCCCUCUGCAACUCAAAUAUCUGUACAUGAACAGCAACCGGGUCACAUCGAUGGAACCUGGGUAUUUUGACAAUUUGGCCAACACACUGCUGGUAUUGAAGCUGAACAGGAACCGAAUCGCCACUAUCCCACCCAAGAUGUUUAAACUGCCCCAACUGCAACACCUUGAACUGAACCGAAACAAGAUUAAAAACAUAGAUGGGCUCACGUUCCAAGGCCUUGGAGCUUUGAAGUCUCUGAAAAUGCAAAGAAACGGAGUAACAAAACUUAUGGAUGGAGCUUUUUGGGGGCUGAGCAACAUGGAAAUCUUGCAGCUGGACCAUAACAACCUCACAGAGAUUACCAAAGGCUGGCUUUAUGGCUUGCUGAUGCUGCAGGAACUUCACCUCAGCCAAAAUGCCAUCAGCAGGAUCAGUCCUGAUGCCUGGGAGUUCUGCCAAAAACUCAGUGAGCUGGACCUAACUUUCAAUCACUUAUCGAGGUUGGAUGAUUCAAGCUUCCUGGGCCUCAGCUUGCUAAAUACCCUGCACAUUGGGAACAACAAAGUCAGCUACAUUGCUGAUUGUGCCUUCCGGGGGCUUUCCAGUUUAAAGACUUUGGAUCUGAAGAACAAUGAAAUUUCCUGGACUAUUGAGGACAUGAAUGGUGCUUUCUCUGGGCUUGACAAACUGAGGCGGCUAAUCCUUCAGGGAAACCGGAUUCGAUCUAUUACCAAAAAAGCCUUCGCUGGUUUGGAUGCAUUAGAACACCUAGACCUGAGCGACAAUGCCAUCAUGUCAUUACAAGGCAAUGCAUUUUCACAAAUGAAGAAACUUCAGCAAUUGCAUUUAAAUACAUCAAGCCUUUUGUGUGAUUGCCAACUGAAAUGGCUCCCACAGUGGGUGGCGGAAAACAACUUCCAGAGCUUUGUGAACGCCAGUUGUGCCCAUCCUCAGCUGCUGAAGGGAAGGAGCAUUUUCACUGUCAGCCCCGACGGCUUUGUGUGUGAUGAUUUCCCUAAACCCCAGAUCACGGUUCAGCCAGAAACACAAUCAGCAAUAAAAGGUUCCAAUUUGAGCUUCAUCUGCUCGGCUGCCAGCAGCAGCGAUUCCCCCAUGACUUUCGCUUGGAAGAAAGACAACGAGCUGCUGCACGACGCCGAGAUGGAGAAUUACGCACACCUGCGGGCCCAGGGCGGCGAGGUGAUGGAGUACACCACCAUCCUGCGGCUGCGCAACGUGGAAUUCGCCAGCGAAGGGAAAUACCAGUGUGUCAUCUCCAACCACUUUGGUUCCUCCUACUCCGUCAAAGCCAAGCUGACAGUGAACAUGCUCCCUUCUUUCACCAAGACCCCCAUGGACCUCACCAUCCGCGCGGGGGCCAUGGCGCGCUUGGAGUGUGCUGCCCUGGGCCACCCGGCCCCACAGAUAGCCUGGCAGAAGGACGGGGGCACCGACUUCCCUGCCGCGAGGGAGAGACGUAUGCACGUGAUGCCUGAGGAUGACGUGUUCUUUAUCGUGGAUGUGAAGAUAGAGGACAUUGGAGUGUACAGCUGCACCGCUCAAAACAGCGCAGGAAGCAUUUCUGCAAAUGCAACCCUGACUGUCCUGGAAACGCCAUCAUUCUUGCGGCCCCUGUUGGACCGAACUGUAACCAAGGGAGAAACAGCCGUUCUGCAGUGCAUUGCUGGAGGUAGCCCUCCUCCCAAGUUGAACUGGACCAAGGACGACAGCCCUUUGGUGGUCACUGAAAGGCACUUUUUCGCAGCAGGCAACCAGCUGCUGAUCAUUGUGGACUCAGAUGUCAGCGAUGCUGGGAAGUACACGUGUGAAAUGUCCAACACCCUCGGCACUGAGCGAGGCCACGUGCGCCUCAGUGUGAUCCCUACUCCGACCUGUGACUCCCCUCAGAUGACCGCCUCGUCGUUCGAUGAUGACGGGUGGGCCACCGUGGGCAUCGUGAUCAUAGCAGUGGUCUGCUGUGUGGUGGGCACGUCGCUGGUGUGGGUGGUCAUCAUAUACCACACAAGGCGGAGGAACGAAGAUUGCAGCAUUACCAACACAGAUGAGACCAACCUGCCAGCAGAUAUCCCCAGUUACCUGUCGUCUCAGGGAACCCUGGCCGACAGACAGGAUGGGUACGUGUCCUCAGAAAGCGGAAGCCACCACCAGUUCGUCACUUCUUCAGGGGGCGGAUUUUUCUUACCACAACAUGACGGUAAUGGGACAUGCCACGUCGACAACAGCAGCGAAGCUGAUAUGGAAGCUGCCACAGAUCCAUUCCUCUGUCCCUUUCUGGGGUCCCCAGGCCCUGUGUGUUUGAAGGGGAAUGUGUAUGGCCCAGAUCCUUUUGAAGCCUAUCAUACAGGUUGUGGUCCGGACCCUAGAACUGCUCUGAUGGACCCCUGUGAGGCCGGCUACAUAAAGAAGAAGGAGUGCUACCCAUGUCUUCACCCUGCGGAAGAAUCCUGUGAACAGAGUGUCAGUGAUGUAGGAUGGCCAUCGCACGCAAGGAAGUUAAUCAGUUCCACUUAUUCUCAAAAUGAAGGACCUGGAAUGAAAAAUGUGUGUCUGAAGUCCUCUUUAGAUUUUGGGCCAAGUUCAGAGCCAGCAUUGGUUACUUUGAGUAACUCGUUCAUGGGAACGUUUGGAAAGCCUCUGAGGAGACCUCACCUGGAUGCCUUUUCGGGCUUUGGACAGCCAUCGGAUGGCCAGCCAAGAGCCUUUCACUUGAAAGCACAUUCUUCCCCAGACUUGGACUCUGAGUCAGAAGAAGAUGGGAAAGAAAGGACAGAUUUUCAGCAAGAGAAUCACACAUGUACCUAUAAACAGACCUUAGAAAACCAUAGGACUCCAAAUUUUCAGCCUUAUGACUUGCACACAUAGACUGAAGGUGGCCCAAGAGUUCCGACAUACUACCUCACGUGGACUUUUAUUUAAAAGAGAGAGAAUCCUAUGUUUUUAAAUGGAGUUAUGAAUUUUAAAAGGAUAAAAUGUCUUAUUUAUACAGAUGGACCAAAAUUUCCAAAAUUUAUACAAAUUUUAUACUGGGAGUAACUUUCACAUAAGAAUUUCUUUUUAAACUAUUUUAUAACUUUGUUUUAUGCAAAAAAAUCUUGUGUAAAUUAAGGGUAUAAGUCCAUUACUAUUUUAUGUAUUUUUAUAAUGCCAGAUUUCUUUUUAUUGAAAAUGAGUACUAAAGCAUUUUAAAUAAUACCUGUCUUGUACUUUUUUUGCAUAGAGUUCACUUCAUUUUAUUUUGCACAUUUAAUAAAAUGUAUCAUUUUGAACCCAUGCCCCAUCUAUACAAUACCAUUUUUAUUGUUUUCAACCCUGUGAAGGCUUAAUGAUUACACAUUAUCAUGUCUCAAGCCGGUGAAAAUUAUAUGCAGCACAUAAAAGUGUGAGCAAAAAAUGACCAUUCUGCCUACCUCCCAGGACUGUAAUACAGAUGCACAUCAGAUUCGUGUAUGUGAAAGCAUAGCAAAGGAGAAGGAGCUACAGAGAUUUGAGAUACAUUAGUUUCUAACCCCUCAAACAAAAGAUUUGUUGUAGUCUGGUGUAAUAUAGUUCAGCCACCAUUGCUUAAGUCACUGCUUCACGCCAUGAUUCCUUAAUUAUAAUAAUGCUUCAUGUGGUCUAAUGCUUUGUGCUUUUCCAAAUAGUUUCACAUUCACCAUCCCUUUAAUUAUACCGAGGGUGGUUUUUGCACAUUUCUGUAGUUAAAACAGCUAUAGUAGGUGCAGAUUUUCAUCCAGUGUUCCAGGUUAUAAUAGGAUGCUAGGAGAAUUCUUUGCUGUUAUUGAUUUUCUGCUGGAUGAAUAGUUUUUGUAAAAAAAGGUAUGCUAAGCUGACUUGCAACAUUCAUUAAUAAUUAAAAUACUUUUCUAAUUUGGUUAUCAUAGCUCUACUUGGUAAAAACUGAGUAUCAAAUCUGUUACUUGAACACAAACUAUUUAAAAUAUUUGUUUUAAACAGAAAUUAAGUGACACAGUUUGAAGUAAUUGAAUAAAAAAACUUAAGAUUAGUAAUUCAGAUGAAGAAACUGGAUUUCUUUUUUUUUUCCCAGGAAAUCCUUGUUUACCUCUGUAGUUUAAAAAGAACCCUCUUGUCCAAGAUCAAUUAAGUUGGUGUGGAAGGAGCUGAUGUAGCACAUUGGGCUUUAAAAACCUAACCAGCUGGAAGUGUGACUGUGUGUCACAGUCAGCUCUUCAAACUAGAUUGCAAACCACUACGAGAAGAGCAGGUUCUCCUCUGAGGAGAUGUUGAGGUGUAGUUUUCCUGCAUAGUGAGUUUAGAGCUUUGCUAUUUGUGAGCCAGAGCCUGGAACCCAGAAUGCAGUAAGAUUUUCCUCUAAUUGAGACACCGAGUGGAAGGCAGGAAGUUACUUGCCCUUGGACCACCAGUGACUAAGUGCGGAGAAGUGAUUUCGGAUGCUUCACCUUUAUCACGUUGCCAGAUUUUCCAGUCUUGUUGAUUUGUCUUCAUUAUUGCCAGAUGUGAUGCAGCCAUUGCUAGGGGCUUCUUCAAUAAUUAUGAACUGACUUAAAGGAUUUCAUUUUUCCAGACUUAAGAACAAAGGUUUAAAUCACUAAUGCCUGAAAUUCAAAAUGUAGAUUCAUUGUACAUCAAUAUGAUUAUUCCCUUUUACUUUGCUUGUGUGCUGAAAUUCAUGCAUUGUGUAUAAUCUUAGCUGUCUGGAGGAAUGGGAAGAGCUCAGUUUCAUUUGGACAUUCGCAGGAAAAGGAUGUGCAUAAUUUGAGACUCCAUAUUGAAUUAACAAAACGAGUCUAGUAGGUAUCAAGAGAUCCUAAAAUAACAUAGACUUUAAAAAAACUAAUGUAAAUAAAUAUCAAAUCGCGUGGCUUAUUUAUGAGGAGGAAUGUUUAAUAUUUUCAGUUUAAUUUUUCUAUACAUGUAUAACAUAUCCUAAUAGAUGUUCACACAACUUUUGUAUUUUUUCUUUCACUAUUGACAUUAAUGAUAAGAUAAUUACUAUGUAUAAUCUUAACUGUUUUUUUAAGAUAUUGGGGGAAAAUAUUCCUUACUUGUGGCAGGCAAUACUUUAUAAAAAUUAAAGAUCUGUAGAACACUUACAAUUUAUUUUCAGUGUCCUUGCAGAAAGAAACUGACAGUUAUUUCUCAGAAUAAAGCUAAUGGUACUAUUUUUUAAAAUUUGAUAGGAAAAGAAACAUGAUUUGAUAUUUGUAAACACUUGAGAGGCUUCAGUCCUUCUGAUUUAAUGUGAUAGGAAGUAAUUCAUAACCAAUAUUACAAUAGAUAUGCUAUAAUGGUAUUUUUCGAAGACAAUGAGAACCAAAUGUUUUUGCAAAAUGCCUGCUCUGUCCCUCCCACCCUUGGAAUGAAUCUGCAGUGAUUGGACUUGUGUAAUAGGAUAAUUUAUUUUUUUAACUUUUAUUUUAGUUUUAAUUAAAUUUAUUGGGGUGACAUUGGUUAAUAAAAUUAUAUUGGUUCAAGUGUA